UAAAGGUUGGAAAAAACGAAACGAUGAGGUUGUAGUUUUCUCGCCUUCGUGUUUCUCCACCUACAACACAAACUCUAAUGUCUUCUUCAAUGGAGGCUAGGAUCUCAUCUUCACUCGGCUUUCCAUCUCCAAAACCCAACCAACUCUCAACAACCCUAACAGAUUUCAAUUCCCUCAUCAACCAUUUCACAACCCUCACUCUCACCCACCACUCUCCUCCCUUCGCCACAAUCUCCGACCCGACCCGACCUAAACGAAUCCCCCAAAUCCUCCUAAAAAACCUCACCGUCCUCGAACGCGCAUUCAUCGGCGCAUCCGCCGGCGGAAUAGCCGGCGCAUUCACCUACGCAUGUCUCCACCCACUCGACACAAUCAAAACCAAGAUGCAAACAAAAGGCGCCUCCCAAAUUUACAAAAAUACCCUCGACGCAGUUUCCAAAACGUUCACCACUAACGGCAUCCUCGGUUUCUACAGCGGAUUCUCAGCCGUUGUAGUGGGGUCCACAGCUUCGUCCGCAAUUUACUUCGGAACUUGCGAAUUCUCAAAGUCGUUUCUCAGUGGCCUCCAACACUUCCCCAAAGUACUAAUACCGCCGAUGUCAGGCGCGUUAGGUAACGUCCUAUCGUCGGCGGUAAUGGUACCGAAAGAAUUAAUAACACAGAGAAUGCAAGCUGGUGCUAAAGGUAGGUCUUAUGAAGUUUUAAUUAAAAUUCUCCAAAACGACGGCGUUUUGGGUUUAUACAAAGGUUAUUCAGCCACAUUGUUGAGAAAUUUACCUGCUGGUGUUUUAAGUUAUUCAUCGUUUGAGUAUUUGAAAUUAGCGGUUAUGAAGAAAACGGAUAAGAAUUAUUUAGAACCGUUUCAGAGUGUGAUUUGUGGGGCGUUGGCGGGAGCGAUAUCGGCAUCGUUGACGACGCCGUUGGAUGUGGUGAAGACUAGGUUGAUGACGCAGGCUCAUGGGGAGGCGGUUGGGAAAGUUGCGACGGUUAUGUAUGGCGGGGUUUCGGAUAUGGUUAGGGAGAUUUUGAGGGAAGAAGGUUGGAUUGGUUUGACUAGUGGUAUGGGUCCUAGGGUUGUUCAUAGUGCUUGUUUUUCUGCUUUGGGUUAUUUUGCUUUUGAAACUGCUAGGGUUGCUAUUUUGAAUGAGUAUGUUAAGAGGAAGGAAUUGGAGGCAGUUGUUGUUUCUAGUACUUGAGUUGUUGUUAAAUAGUGGCGGAAAUUUGAAUAAAUCGCUAUUGUUACGAGGUAUGUUAUUUUUAGUUUAAUAUGUUGUCUAUAGAGGGGCUAUAGCAUUGUUGCGUAAGCGGCGUAGUAUAAUUUGAAAAAUACUAUUUUAUGUUAUUUGCGAUUGACAACACUGGAAUGUUGAUGAUAUUUGAAGAGUUGAAAUUGGUUUCUAUAGUUUAUGAUAUUAUGCAUUAGUUGUUGA